UCUCGAGUUUUAGGGCAUCCGCACCAAUGUGUUAUUACAGACAUUUUGACAACCCUCACCAUAACGCAGCAACCCCACUGGUGGUUGCGGUUCAGGUGUGAGAAAUAGUAAUCUGCCUCUCGGUGAAUAGUGAGUUAACAAAUUUGGCAACGCGAUAGCAACCGAGCCAACUGUUGCUAUUUUCAACAAACGUCAAACAUCUGUUGUGGGUUUAAUUCGCCUUGUGUUCGUUUUUGUGAUUUGGCUGGAAAAUUUUUUGGAGAUCUGCACCGAACGACAAGUGAUGGGGAAUCCAGAACUACGUGCCCCUACUGGCAUGAAAGCUCGAUGGCACCAAAUCAACAGAGUCGUCGCAAAGUUUGCUGGAUGUGUUGCCCAAAUCAUGAAUCGUGGCCAAAGUGGGGCUUCUCCGGAAGAUGCUAUCAAGCAAGCCAUUGCAUUGUUUGCAACAACGGAAAAAACCCCUUUUACAUUAAUGCAUUGUUACAUCAUUCUUCAAAGCGCUCCAAAAUGGCAACAAUAUCACACCGUAAAGAUAUCAAGUAAUCGGAAAACAUGCGUUGCAGAGAGUGUUGAUUUGGCCCUAGACGAUAUAUACGAAGCAGAUUCUGGCCCUUCACAUUCCAAUCGUCCGAUUUGCCAGAAAGCAUCCAAAACUCGGAAGUUGAACCAAGAGGUUGGUUCUAACACAGCAACUGAAAUGGCUCAAGCUGGCAAAAUGUUAGCGUAUGCUGCAAAUGAACGUCUUACCUUCAGCAAGCAAAAGGCAGUAGCUUUGACCAGGAUGGCAAAUUAUACCAUCGUUUUGCAGCUCAUGAGGGCGAUGCGUGCCGGAUGAAGGAUGGAACGGCAGGGAAGUGCACAAAAAGCUUCAACUGUGGAUGGUUUGUGACGAAUGUGCUGAAGAAGAAGCUGAUUCCGUACAGCAAUGUGGUGCGCUGUGGCUUUGUAGGCAGGGAUGAGGUCGUGUGUUGUCCGCAGGAGCAAAGCUCCGUCCGUAAGGCGACUCUGGCGUGCAGGAACUUCUUUGGCAGUACUCGGCUGGCCCAGCACAUAAUCGAAGGCGAACUCGCUGAGGAUGGCGACGUGCCGUUUAUAGCGGCACUGGGAUACGUGGCGCUGUCGAGCGAGUCUGAUGCGCAGUAUGAUUGGGGCUGCGGAGCGAGUCUCAUCUCGGCGCGUUUUCUACUAACGGCAGCGCACUGUGUCCGAGCAUCCCGGCGGCCGGUAGUGGCUCGGAUGGGUACACUUAGUUUGGAUCACUCCGAGUAUCCGGAAUAUAUACAAGACAGACGGCUGAAAACAUUUUACCUUCAUCCUGCGUACACUCCCAAAACCAAAUACAAUGAUAUCGCACUCAUCGAGAUCGAGUCGCCGUUCCUGUACGGGGAUAACGUAAAGAGGGCCUGUCUACACAGCGGUGAAAACGAUCUGCCUCCUUCGCAUCCACUGGAAACAGCGGGGUGGGGCAUAAUGGAUUUAGGUAGCGAAACCCGUUCGGAUAAGCUGCUGAAGGUGAGCCUCACGACGAUGCCACUAGGUGUGUGCAACAGGGAGAACAAACAGCGGCUUGGACAGUUCAACGAAAAGUUAGCUAACGGUGUUAUCCAAUCGCAGUACUGUGCCAUCGGGACGCGUGCAAGUUCCGGUAUGCGUCGGGACGCCUGCCAGGGAGAUUCCGGUGGUCCGCUGCACUACACGAACAGCACGGAGGAACGGUUCUAUCUCGUUGGGGUCGUGUCCUUUGGGCUGGGAUGCGGCGAAUAUGCGGGCAUUUACACACGAGUUGCGGCUUAUCUCGACUGGAUCGAAUCGAUCGUGUGGCCGGGCAGUGGUACACUGCUUGAGUAAAUAAACGUAAUGGCGACAAAAAAAUGUGACAUUGUUUGUUUC